AUGCAAAAAAAGGCCACAGCAUUAGAAGGGCUAUACAUAGUUGAAGAUUUUAUUACAGAGACUGAAGAACAGGAAUUAAUACGAGCCAUCGAUUCAAGAAUCUGGUGUGGGAAUGGUGUUGCGUGCGUAGAAAAAUCCUUUUGCAAUUUUCAAGUGAUACAUAGAAAUAUUACAGAUAUAGGACCGUUACCAACUUUUACUGAAUUUAUCAUUAAGCGAUUUAAACAACAAAAAAUUAUUGAUUUUGAAGAUGAACCAAAUAUGUGUAUUAUUAACGAGUAUGAAGCUGGACAAGGAAUAAUGCCGCACACUGAUGCUGCGACUAUAUUUGGUCCGAUAAUUUUAAGCCUUUCAUUAUUAUCUUCGUGUUUGAUGAAAUUUACACAUUCUAGUAAUCCCGAAACGCAAUUUUUAAUAGUGCUACCGCCAAGAUCUUUAUUAAUAAUGACAAAAUCUUCAAGAUAUGAUUACAAACAUUCCAUAUCUAAAGACAUUAUAGAAUGGUUUGACAGGGGUGAAAAUGGAGAGAAACAGGAAAUUAUUCGAAGCAGAAGAGUUAGUUUAACAUUUAGAACUGUGCGUAAUCCUGAAGUGGAUGUGGUUAUAAAUAGUUGA